GAAGCCAAAGAGGCCAUAAAAUUUGCUUGAGUUUCCUUGUGUACUGACAUUGUCCCACUCUACUCAUUCACUUGGAGUGGUCUUUGGAGAAACAGAUUUUGGACUUAGAUUUGCACUUAGAAGGUCACAAUGUCUGAGUCGUAACGACCCAAAUCUAAGAUUUCAGCUUCCAGGAGGUUGUUCUUAAAGACAAAGCUCCUGAAGAAAGCAACAUCUAUGCUUGUAAAUGAAAAAGAAGAUAAGCAGAGGGAGAGAGAGACCACCUUGAGUGAGAGAGUGCCACCUCUACAAUUGUCUGGUUUGUCUGUUCAAGAUCUUCAGGCUCUCUGCAAAGACCUUCAUCAAAAGAUUGAUGUUGUAGAUGAAGAAAGGUACGAUAUCUCAGCCAAGGUUACCAAAAAUGAAAAGGAGAUUACAGAUUUAAACAUCAAGAUCACCGAACUUAGAGGCAAAAUGAAGAGACCUGCACUGAAGAGGGUGAAGAUCUCUGCCGAUGCCAUGUUGGGUGCUCUUCUGGGCUCCAAAGUCAAAGAGUCUGUGGAUUUCAAAGCCAACCUCAAGACACACAAGAAAGAAGAGGAGAAGAAAGAAGAGGUGACUGACUGGCGUAAGAAUGUGGAGGCCAUGUCUGGAAUGGAGGGCAGGAAGAAGCUGUUUGAUGCUGGACAAUAGAUGAUAGCAACUACAUGAGAUCUGACAUCAGAAUUCAGGAAUUCAAAAACAUUUCAAAAUGAAUGUAUAAAUCAAUGCAAAGUGAACU